AAUUCAGAGACACAAAAGUAUAGGACAGAAAGGAUCUUCAAAAAUAUCUCCACCUGAGAGAGAAUUGUUGCUUUUCCUGCCCGAGAUAUACAACAAACCACACCAUCUUCUACAUCUGCUUCCCGAUUACAGUUUGUGUGUGUAGAGAAAUCAAAAAUCUGAAUCUAACAUGGGGAGGGGAAGAGUGACGUUGAAGAGGAUCGAGAAUAAGAUCAACCGCCAGGUCACUUUCUCGAAACGGAGAUCAGGAUUGUUGAAGAAAGCUCAUGAAAUCUCCGUCCUCUGUGAUGCCGAUGUCGGCCUCAUCAUCUUCUCCACUAAAGGAAAGCUCUGCGAGUUUGCUGCCAAUGCAUCCAACAGGAUGGAAAGCAUCCUUGAGAGGUACGAAAGACACUCAUAUGAAGAAAGGAACAAUACUACAACCGAUCAAGAAUCAAUUGGUAAGUGGACAUUGGAACAUGCGAAGCUCAAAUCUAGAAUUGAACUUUUGGAGAAAACCCAGAGUCAUAUUAUGGGAGAAGACCUUGAUUCAUUGAGUCUCAAAGAGCUUCAAAACUUAGAGCACCAAAUUGAUACAUCUAUUAAACAUAUUAGGUUGAGGAAGAACCAGCUCAUGGUUGAGACAAUUUCUAUGCUACAGAAGAAGGAAAAGGCAUUGCAGAAUCAAAACAACACGUUGUCAAAGAAGAUCAUACAAGUAGAAAAAGGACAAUCACAACAACCUCUUGUAGAGCAACAAAACAACGACAACAUGCCUUCACUUCAUUUUAGCACCUUCAUUAGGACAUGUGAGGGAGGAAUUGAUGAACCGGUAGAAGCAAUUCCAAGAAAAGGUCAACCUUCAGUAGUAUUGCCUCCAUGGAUGCUUCAACAUAUAAACCAGUAAAGGUUUCCUAUGUAAAAAUAAGACCCCUAUUUUCCACGUGUCCUCUUAAAAAUCAAAUGGUUUAUGGAUAUGUAAAACAUAUAUAGUUUUUGUUAUUUGAGAGGAGGGGUGGAAGUGUAAAUAUUAUAAGAAGUGUGUAUCAUAGAUUU